AUGUCUAUGCCACCAGAAAUUAUCCAAGUCAAGCGCCUAAAGCGCAAGGCCCAUGAUGAUGACGAUGAUGAUGAUGGACAAGGCGUGGUGAACUACCUUCCUUGCAUCUUACUGACUGCGUCACUCACAAAAGGUAUUGACGAUAAGGACCGAAAACGAUACCGCAGUGAUGCCUAUGUCUACCAGCGAACUACGCAAGAAGCCCUUGAGGCUGAGAAGAGGGCCCCACCCAGACCUUCACGGGAUGUCAUCCCCAUCAUUCAUUCCUCGAAACUCGCAGGCAAUGGGAAUGUUUCACUUGAGGAAACAGCCAGCACAAAGACACUCGAGUCAGUCACGAAGCCACAGGAGAACACCCAGAAUGGACCAGCCUCGCGAGUUGAGACACCAACCACGACUCCAUCUUCCUCAGCCCCUGAGCCGCGGCGCUUCCACUUCUCCAGACCUAUCAUUAAGCCUUCAUCCCUUUUGACCACGGGCCUGAAGACGGGCAAGCGGUCACGGCUGAAUACCCCGACGACUGUCUUCGUCGAGCGCGGUCACAAGAGGACGAGGACGGAGGAUGUACAGAUGAGGGACGCAGAUGAUACACCAGAAAUGGCGGGUGCGGACGAGCCGCCGAGGAAGCUUAAGCUGCCGGGCUCCGACCGCAAGGGCCCGCGGGCACAGAAGUCCGCUGAGCCGCUGAAGAGGGAGCUCCCCGCGUCGAUGAAACAGCACUGGGCGGGCGAUGACAUGGACGAGAUCACACGGAACAUGAACAGCUUCGCGCUGCAGCUCAUCGGGGCCAACCUGGCUGAGACGGAGGAACGUGACAAGAAAGAGUUGGCGGCGGCGGCAGCGAGGAAGGAGGCGUCCUCUACUGCCUCGACGCCGCAGAAAUUCAAGCCAAAGCCGCCUGCAAAGAGAUUCGCAGAACGCCACCCGGAGAUCGCCGCGGCGGCUCAGCAGGAGACACUGAGCUCUGUUGAGCGGGAUGACCUUGAGCCGGCCAGUGAGGACGAAUACGUUGUCGAGACCUACGUACGAGUCCCAGCGUCUGCACUCGGCAAAGAUAUAGCCCCCGAGAAGGUCGGCCUGCUCGUCUUUGACAACGAGCCUGAUGCAGAUAUCUUCUACGGCGAAGAGGGAGACAGUGAUGAUGAGUGGCCCGAGGGCGACGAAGAUGAGAACGCGGAAAACUACUACACCGCCGAUUACCCAGAUGACGAGGUCGACUCGGAUGAUGAGUACAAUCGAGGUGCCUAUCAGUACCGCACGGGCAACGCGUCCGACCUGGAGGAGUUUGAUGAGCGAGAUGACGAUUGGGCCGUGGAUCACGAUGAAAAUGAUGGCAGUGCGCCCUCCUUUUCGGCUCGUUUAGGUGCUAUGCCACCAUCAGCGUUUCGGUGA